CUGUGAUUUGUGACGAAAGCGGAAGACAUGAGGAUGAAUCGGAGAGGUCCAGUCUGUUAUUGUAUUUUUUAAAUUUUAGUUUUAUAAAUCACAUUGUCACGCUGUCAGGAUGCCGCUGUUCACUCAGAAUAAGCGCAUGGAGCGCGUGACGUCAACAGCCGAACUCUUCACUAGAUUCCCUCAUCUGAAGGAGCAUGCAAAGCAAUUUGCAUCCAGAAAUUCAGAACCAGUGGACCCGAAACAUCAGCUGUAUGUCCAGCAGAGAGAGUUUGCUGCCACCACACCUGCAGACAAUUCGGUCUCCAUCCUGGGCUCAGAUGAUGCCACAACUUGCCACUUGGUUGUUCUGCGACACACUGGUAGUGGGGUGACUUGUCUGGCACACUGUGAUGGAUCCAGAACCUGCACAGAAGUUCCUCUCAUAGUCAACGCUGUCACCUCCAGAAGUAACUCGGCUAAAGAGGGCAGAUUGGAGCUGCAUCUCGUCGGGGGUUUUCUGGAUGACAGGAAGACUUCUCAUUCUCUCAGUCUCAGUAUAUUGGCUGCUUUUCAGAAACAGAAAGAAGAAAUUCACCUAGAAACCUGCUGUAUCACCGACAUGAAUGAUGUCAUUAAAGAUGGGAUCCAUCGUCCUGUGGUGUAUGGAAUAGGAGUGAAUGUUAAAACCGGUCAUGUGUUCCCAGCAUCAUUUAUGUGUCGAGGUCCAGCGGAGGAGCUCCGAUCUGCUCGCACAUUUACUGGUGGACAGAUGGUUGAAGUUUAUGACUCCUGCCGUGAGCUUGUGAAAAUCAGUCCGUGCACAUGGACACCAGAUGAUGAGUUCAGCUACUGGCUCUCAGAAGAUGAUAAAACUAUCCUGCAGUAUCUGUCCACCUCACCGUAUGCAGAACCUCCUCACUUCGUCCAGCACAUUAAAUCCACCAUCCGUUUUCUUCUGGAUCAUCCCACCACUGACGGUCUGUUUCCUGGCGGACAGCCACAGUUUUACCACCGGUCUGAGGAUGGAGAGUGGAAACAGAUUUCCCAACAGUAGUUCACACACACUGACCUCUCUGCCCCACCAAAACGCCUUUGAUGCCCCCUCUUCAUACUGAUCUGAGACCUGUUGUGCUGUUUCUUUUUUAAAGGUUUAUGAUGGAGAAAUAGACACAAGUGACGCCAAACAGAAUUACAGAUUUUUUUAUAAUAUAAAAGUAUUACAAAUGAUUUUAGUUUCUUAUAUAAAGAAACUCAUUCAUAAAUACUGUACAGAUACUGUACAGAUAUCUGUUCACAGACUCCAGCUGCUGGCCAUUACACUGAAAUCAAUAUUCUGUCAUAUAUUUUUAUGUCUGUUUCAUAUUUAAUAUGUACAUAAUUUGUAAAUGUGUUUACUCAUGCAGGGAUCAUAAGACAUACUAUACUCUUGUAAAUGAAAGAAACAAUGAAUAGAAACAUUAAAUGUAUUUCUCAUUUGA